UGGUGGGAGUAGUGCGAAUCGACGGAAAUGUAUAAAAACAUUUUGCUUAGAUACGAUGAUCCAUCAUUAAGCUUUGUAUCGCCACCCCUUCAAGAUGAUCAAAUUUAUCUCCCUGGUUGCACUUUUCGCAGCAAUCUGCGUCGCGGUACCAAUCGACCCUGUGAAUGAAGCCACAAAACCGCAACACUUAUCUCAUCCCGCGGACACUAUAAGCGGCCCGACGCCUGCCCAAAAGAAGGAAGAUACUUCCACAGAAAGCCAUGUUCAGAGAAUUCCCGCGUCCGGAGUGAAACUUAGUGCAGAGAUUGGCACCAGCAGCGCUACCACCGAGCCGAAUAAGAAAAAAUCUGAACGUUCGGUGGACAAUGAAGGCACCACGGCCAAAGCUGCCUUCAGGCGGAAUCAACCGUCCACUACGACGGUGAGAACUAGUAGUGUGGCCCCUAGCAGCACGACCAGCAGCGCGGUUUCGGUUAAAACUCCAAUCGUGGCUGCCCGGUCUAGACGUGAUGUGGCCACUUCGACAGCAUCUACCAUUGUCCCGAAACGUGUUACAACGUUCGCAACGGUGAGUCAAAAUGAAGACAACGAGAAGCCUCAUUUCGUGCGCCCGGUCCCUGUCCAACAAAUAUUAAAGAACCUUGGACAAUCAGAACACACUGGCGAUGAUCAUAAGGAAGAACCGAAAGAUGUAAAACAAUCUACAACAACUACUCAACGAUCUGAAUCAGUCAAACAUCCUGCUGAUCACAGCAACAGUGACGAAAGUGGUGACGAUAGCGAAUGAUCGCGAACCAUUUUUGUAUCGCGUUUGUUUUUAUGUUAAAGUGCUUUUGUUGAGUUAUGAGUUAUGUUUCAUACAAUAAAUCCGUAAAAUGCAAUACGCUUUCGA